AUGGAUCUUGACUUGGCUCUGCUGAAUGAUAAGUCUGCUGCCAUUACUGAUACGAGCAGUGCAGAUGAUAAGUCUUUCCACAAAGCAUGGGAACACUCUAACAAGCUGAGCCUUAUGUUUAUGCGAAUGAGUAUUGCUAACAACAUUAAGAGUACUAUACUACAAACAGAAAGUGCCAGGGAAUACCUGAAGUUUGUGGAAGAACGUUUUCGUUCUACAGAUAAGUCUCUCGCUGGUACACUAAUGGCUGAACUCACGACCAUGAAGUUUGAUGGGUCGCGUAGUAUGCAAAAUCAUAUCAUCGAGAUGACUAACAUUGCAGCAAGACUUCAAACCUUGGAGAUGAAAGUUGAUGACUCCUUCUUGGUUCAGUUUAUUCUGAAUUCGUUGCCUCCUGAGUAUGGACCUUUUCGAAUUAACUAUAACACUAUUAAGGAUAAGUGGAAUGUUAAUGAAUUGUCGAGUAUACUUACUCAGAAGGAGUCAAGACUUAAAAAAUAA